CUACAUUAUUCAGAAUAAGCCAUUUGAUUUGGAAUAGGACAUUGAAAGGAUGCCGGCAUUGACGUUGCGCUGCCAGUGGAAGGGCGGAUCGCACGUCCUCACCACCGCAGAGGCUACCACAACACUCACAGAGCUGCGUGGAUUGCUCGUCUCACUCUGCAGCAUCCAUCCAGACAACCAGAAGAUCUUAUCUGGAUACCCACCCAAGGAGCUCGUUGAUCCAUCCGGCGGCGGCGCGUCAACGCUGGCAGAGCUCGGAAUCAAGAGCGGCGAAACACUUCGCAUCGAGCCGUCCAAUGCAGCGCCAGCGAGCGCGAGUCAACCUCAGCCGACCCCGCAGCAAAAUGCUAAAACGGGUCAGGCAUUGUCAGGAUUGUCGGGAUUGCCUGGUUCAAGUGCAAAGGCAGGACUCGAAGCGCAAUCUCGCGCUCGAAAGCUGGUUCGCCGGGUGGUUCCGGCGGAUAAUUCGUGCCUGUUCAAUUCAAUCUGGUACGCAAUGAUUGACCGCCAGUUGCAGCCUGUGCAAGGGGCGAACGAGCUGCGGCAGGCUGUCGCCGAGGCUGUUCGAGCAGAUCCGAUCACCUUCGACGAGGCUACGCUUGGAAUGGCUCGGGACAAGUACAUUGCGUGGAUUCUCGAUCGCGAGCACUGGGGAGGUGGCAUCGAGAUUAGCAUUCUUUGCAAGCACUUUGCGACAGAGAUGGAUGUUGUCGAUACGCAAACCCUGCGCAUCGAUCGCUUUGGCGAGGCGGACGGCUAUUCCAACCGAAUCUUUCUGAUUUUCGAUGGCAUCCAUUAUGACAUCCUGGCCGAGCCCUGCGGCCCUUCGGAAUCUCCUGACAGGGAUAUCACCGUCUUUCCAGUCUCCGACCAGGGCGCUGAGCAAAGAGCGCUCGCAGUUGCCAAAGAAGCCAACCAGAAGCGGCAGUUUACCAAUCUCGCAGGUUUCACGAUUCGCUGUCUGGCGUGUCAAACACCCCUGGUGGGUCAGCGCGAGGCACAGGCGCAUGCAAUGUCCACCGGUCAUACGAACUUUGGAGAAGUAUGAGGCGCCUGGGCGCAGCUGUUUUUGACCAAUAAAACAAAAAAAAAAAUGACUGAAAUCCA